AUGCGCGUCCUAAAAUUCGACGACGGAAUGGGAAGAGCAGUGAUGGGAGCCGAGGUGCGCGUGGAAAAUAUGGCUAUGCCGCCGAUGACCGCCGACGAGGAAAACGAAGUUGCCACGUGUAACCUUUUCGAUUAUAUCGGUGAGGAAGAGUUUUUGCCUAUCUCGAUACCCAUGUGAACUUUGACAGUGCAAUUUCGAGCUAAGUAGUUCACGUUAGUUGCGAAACGUCUGGGUCCCGCAUAUGUAUUGUAGAAGUAAGAAAGCGCAUUGUGUUUGACAUUCCCCAUUGCGCCCCUCUUUCUCUCCGUUUUUAUGGAUGGGAAAACUGAUCGUAUGCCUCAUCGUGCAUCUUUUCAUCUCCAUUUUUCUGCAGACAACGUCGCAACAGCUCCAAUCGCUCCAAGUCCACCUCUUCCCCUCGCAAUCGUUCCAGUUGAUUAUCCAACUGCUCCAGACUCUUGCAGCAGCGAAUCCAGUGGUAAGUUGCUUUUCUCUUAACACGUUUGAAUUGUUCGACACACACGCUCUCUCUCUCUUUCUCUUUUCCCUUAUUAUGCUGCCGUUUGUUUGCAUCUUUUUCGCUGUCCAAUAGAACAGCGAGUGGGCGGGGUUUGGAAAGAUGCGAGGGCAGCCGUCCGCGGCCGAAGUUUUACGUCGGCAUUGCAGGCAACGAGGCCAGUGAGCAGAAGACGGAGAUGGAGAAGAAGCCGAACGGAGGAUCGGAGCAAGAACAUCAGGACGGAUGUCAGGUGAUUGUCUCCCUGAAAGACCCGAGAUUGGCGAAGACGAUCAAAGGAGUUUUGGAAGCUCUUGUCGGCGAUGACGAAAUCAUCUUCGUCAAAAUCACCAAGGCAAAUGGCCACGUCUUCGAUCUGAAAAACGUCAAAAAAGAAGCGAAGGAGGCAGAUGAGAGAAAGAAUUCCGUGUUCAACCCGAUGAAAAUAGAAAAUGAGCCAAAGGAGUGGGAAGAAAAGGCGUCGAUCUUGACUCCGAUCCAGAUCUGGUCGCAGCAUGUGGUGGAGGAAGUCGUUGAGGUGAAGAACUCGGAGCAAGAGAUCUGGGAGGACAAUGAGCUGAUGGGUUACGUGCAAACUCCGAAAACCGACGAAGGAGAGAUGCAGCACAGGCAGCCACGUCAGUCGCCUCGCCGAGAGGAUCGCCGUCGCAGCAGCCGCUCGAGAAGCCCGAUCGGACGUCGCGACAACCGAGCUGGUGAGUUACCAGUCACAGUUUCAAAUUUAAAAUAGACAAUAUCAUUAUUCAGUCGACGGAAAUCGUUGGCGUCAGCCGCCACCGUUCAGAAGCGUCAGUCGCCGCAGAGACGAUCGUCGUCACAACCGUCGUGCCGGUAAUUGAAUCAUCCGUCUGGCACUUGGUACAAACCUCAAUUUUCAGAUCAUCGCCGCGAGUUCCGAGAGAUUCGUCGCACUGAAGUGCGCCGCCGCGAAGAGCGCCGCCGCGAAGAGCACCGCCGCGAAGAGCACCGUCGUGAAGAGCACCGCCGUGAGGAGCGCCGCAGAGAGGAGAGACGUCGUCACGAGAGAGGUGAAUUUCAGAUGUCAAUAAUCUUGUACAUGCAAGUAAUUACAGAUCGCCGUGAGCGCGAGGGGAAUCGGAGAGACGACCGCUACAGCCGCAGAAACAGAAACUGA